AUGUCUUCCCUAACCAGCAAACUCUUCGCGCCCCUGCGCAUUGGACCCAUCAAACUCUCCUCGCGCAUCAUAAUGGGACCGCUCGCCAGCGUCCUAGCCGAUGAAAACAACAUCCUCAGUCCGGACGCAGUCGACUACUACGCCUCCCGCGCGCGCACACCAGGCACUCUCAUCAUCGGCGAGGCCACUUUCAUCUCCCCAGGGGCCAGCGGCACUCCUGAGCCCCGAGCUGGAAUCUGGAGCCGAGAUCAGAUUGCGGCAUGGAACGCUGUCGUCGGUGCUGUUCACAAAACUGGCAGCUUCAUGUUCCUGCAACUCUGGGCAUUGGGACGUUCCGCAGACCCUGAGUGUAAGCGGAGAGAUGGCACGGGGGAUGUGGUGAGCAGCUCUGCAGUGCCAGAGGAAGGCGGCGCGGUACCUCGGCCUCUGACCGAAGACGAGAUCUGGCACUACGUCCGGGACUAUGCAACUGCGGCGCGGGUGGCGGUUGAAGAGGCGGGAUUCGAUGGUGUCGAGUUGCAUGGCGGUAACGGCUCGCUCAUUGAUCAAUUCACGCAGGACGUUGCAAAUCGACGCACCGAUCAAUGGGGAGGCAGCAUCGAGAAUCGCUCACGGUUUGGCAUUGAGAUUGCGAAGGCUGUAUGUGCGGCUGUCGGGAGUGAGAGGGUGGGCUUCAGGAUCACGCCGUGGAGCACUUACAAUUCAAUGGGGAUGAACAACGCUACGGCACAGUUCAACAAUCUGCUGGGAGGACUGAAAGAGCUCAAGCUUGCGUACCUACAUCUUGUCGAGUCACGCAUUGCCGGGAGGGUCGAUGUUGAAGCUGCAGAAUCCCUGGACCCGUUCAUCGAUACGUGGGCGGACACUUCUCCGUUGAUGCUCGCCGGUGGCUUCACGCCGGACAGCGCUAGAGAGGCCGUCGACGAGACUCACCGCGCGAAGGAUGUGGCAAUCGUCUUCGGACGCGCCUUUGUGACCAACGUUGAUCUCGUGGAGAAAUUGAGGGAUGGCCGUGAGUUGCGUACAGGCUGA